UUUGCGAAUUCGAUUUUAAAUAUUAUUUUCAUAUUCCCAUUCCUAUUUUCUGUGAAUUGAUAAUUUUUCUAUGAGUAAUCAUUCUAAUAAAAUUAUCAACUAAUCGACAUGGACCAAUCAAAGAUGCGCAGAACGAAUCAGUUCAGAAAAACUUCCCAGAAGCCUCCUUCUACAGGGAUUGACAGUUAUCCGACUCCCGCACAAUCACCAAUGGCGCAGCAUGAGACACCUAUGUGGGACUUCAACUCUCUCAACCCGUAUUUCUCAAUGCUCAAUAUGAACGAUGGGAUUAAUUAUGCUCGCCAUCAACAGAAUCACAUUGUUACAUCGCGGCCACCAACCCCGCUAACUGAUUUGAUGAGCCUUCGGAGUUUUCAGAGCUUUCCCAAUGUGUUCAUGCCGGUCUCGCGUAGCCGAACUUCAUCAUUCAUUCAGUCUGAUACGGAUUCCUCGCGUCUCGAGUCGGAUGAUUUUUCACAAAAUGUCCGAUGUUUCUCUGCGGAUAUUGAUCGUAGCAAGAGCUAUGGUUCUUCAAAACACUACCAUUUGAAAUAUUCGAGACCCGCUCUGUCGAGGAACUCUAGAUCAUUCACAAGAUCAAACAAUGUGCUGCCAACCUGGUCCUUGGAUUCCAAUGGUGAAAUGCGUUCAAGAUUGUCGCUCUCUGAAGUUUUGGAUAGUGGCGAUUUAAUGAAGUUUGCCGUUGACAAAACUGGGUGCCAGUUCCUAGAAAAGGCAGUGAAGGGCAGCCUGACAUCUUAUCAGAAGUUCCAAUUGUUUGAACAAGUUAUUGGGAGAAAAGAUGAUUUCCUUAAAUUGAGCACGAACAUCUUUGGAAAUUAUUUGGUACAAAGCGUUAUUGGAAUUUCAUUGGCAACUAAUGAUGACGGAUACACAAAGCGACAAGAAAAGUUGAAGAACUUCAUCAGUUCCCAAAUGACAGAUAUGUGCUUGGACAAAUUUGCGUGUCGUGUUAUCCAAUCCAGUCUCCAGAACAUGGAUUUAUCCCUUGCGUGUAAACUUGUUCAAGCUCUACCUCGUGAUGCUCGUCUUAUCGCAAUCUGUGUUGAUCAAAAUGCCAAUCACGUCAUUCAGAAAGUCGUAGCAGUCAUCCCACUGAAGAAUUGGGAGUUUAUUGUGGAUUUCGUUGCCACCCCAGAGCACCUCCGUCAGAUUUGUUCUGAUAAGUAUGGGUGCCGUGUUGUGCAAACUAUUAUCGAAAAGCUCACUGCUGAUUCAAUGAACGUUGAUUUAACUUCCGCUGCUCAAAAUCUUCGUGAACGAGCGCUCCAACGACUCAUGACUUCUGUGACUAAUCGGUGCCAAGAAUUAGCUACGAACGAGUAUGCCAAUUACAUAAUACAGCAUAUUGUAUCCAAUGAUGAUCUGGCCGUUUAUCGGGAAUGUAUCAUAGAGAAAUGCCUCAUGCGCAACCUUCUUUCGUUGUCCCAGGAAAAGUUUGCUUCUCAUGUUGUUGAGAAAGCAUUCCUACAUGCACCAUUGGAACUUCUUGCCGAAAUGAUGGACGAGAUUUUCGACGGAUACAUUCCACAUCCGGACACGGGAAAAGAUGCCCUCGAUAUCAUGAUGUUCCAUCAAUUCGGAAACUACGUCGUUCAAUGCAUGCUGACUAUUUGCUGUGAUGCUGUGUCUGGAAGACGGCAAACGAAAGAAGGAGGCUAUGACCAUGCAAUCUCAUUCCAGGAUUGGCUGAAAAAGUUGCACUCGAGAGUUACGAAAGAAAGGCAUCGCUUGUCAAGGUUCUCAUCCGGCAAAAAGAUGAUCGAGACGCUUGCCAAUCUCCGUUCAACUCAUCCGAUUUAUGAACUCCAAUCUUCGGGACACGAUUCAUUCAAGACGGAUUACUUCAGUACUGCUUCCGAGCACGAUGGUCCGGAGUUGGAGAAGAAUGGGAUCGAGGAAGGAAGCCUGAUGCUAGAGCCACGGAGCAAUAAGUCUUCAGUCUCUGUCAAAUUUUCUUCUUCCGGUAGUCACGGCGAUGAUUAAGGUGGAACUUUCUCACCAUAAAUCUCAUCCCACCCACUUAUGUUCUGUUGUUUUGUAAUAUUUUAAACUGGUGCAAUGAUUUCGUUUCGAUUUUAAGAUCGAUGUUGUGCCUUCCCCACUCUUAUCAUUGCCCAGUUUUGUUUUUUCUUUUCUUUUUUGUUAUUUUAUUGCUUUUUAUGCAGUUGUGUUAUUGUUUCUUUCUGUUUACUGUUCAUUGUUUUUGUUAAUUUUUUAUUUUCGAUUUUAAUGAAUCCAGAUAAAAUUAGACAACUUGGCAAA